UUGGCGGGUUUUUCCAUAGUGGGCGUGGUUACACUGUCUUUUAAAAGUGGGCGUUUCCACGCGCGCGCACUCGCCGUCUCACUAGCAGAGUACGUGUGGUUGGUUGAGCGGAGUUUGCGCGCGUAACGUCCGGUGGGGGGAGCAGCCAUGUUUCAAGUAUUUCCGGAGCAAGGGAUGGAGGCGGACGGGACCUACGCGGAGGGCUUCGUAGGGAUCCGGUUCUGUCAGGAAUGCAACAACAUGUUGUAUCCGAAAGAAGACAAAGAGAAUCGGAUUCUCCUUUAUGCGUGUCGAAACUGUGACUACCAGCAAGAGGCGGAUAACAGCUGUAUAUAUGUGAAUAAGAUCACGCAUGAAGUCGACGAGCUGACUCAGAUCAUUGCAGAUGUGUCUCAAGACCCCACACUGCCUCGUACGGAGGAUCACCCCUGUGCAAAGUGUGGACACAAAGAAGCUGUAUUUUUCCAGUCUCACAGUGCUCGGGCUGAGGAUGCCAUGAGGCUGUAUUAUGUGUGUACUGCUCCCCACUGCGGUCAUCGCUGGACAGAGUGAUUUUUUUUUUUUGGAAUGUCUUAGUUUUUUUUGCUUCUUUGUAGGUUGUAUUUUUAAAUAAAUUAAUUUUUUUAAUUAAA